UGUAAUUCUAUUUGUGUUCUGAUUGAGCUGUUUCUCAUCUUUUCUCUCCUCCUCUUUCCAAAGGCGUCCAACUAUAGAAAACCUGGCUUGACUACAGCCCAGCGAAAGAAAAGUGGCUUGAAACCUGAACUUACAGAAGAGCAAAAGCAGGAGAUCAGAGAAGCUUUUGAUUUGUUUGAUACCGAUGGAUCGGGAAGCAUUGAUAUCAAAGAACUCAAGGUUGCGAUGCGUGCUUUAGGUUUUGAGCCAAAGAAAGAAGAAAUCAAGAAAAUGAUAGCAGAUAUUGACAAAGAAGGAAGUGGCACCAUUGACUUUGAAGACUUUUUGGCUAUGAUGACACAAAAAAUGAGUGAAAAGGAUUCAAAGGAAGAAAUUUUGAAAGCUUUCAGAUUAUUUGAUGAUGAUGGGACAGGAAAGAUUUCAUUCAAGAACCUCAAACGAGUUGCCAAAGAACUGGGUGAAAACCUUACAGAUGAAGAGCUGCAGGUAAAUUCUGAUUUGCCAGAGCUUUCACAGAAUCACAGAACU